AUGAAGAUGAUGAUGAUGAUGAUGAUGAUGAGGAUGAGGAUGAGGAUGAGGAUGAGGAUAGUGGUGACAGCAGCAGCAGCGGCACCAGUCGGUGAGCCGAGGCGCAGGCUACCUGCCUGUAUCACGGCUCCUGUGAGUUCCACGAGUGCCCUGGACUUCCUGGUACGGAACCAUGGACAUGUUCAGCUCCCGUGUGGCCAGGGGAAGACCCGCGGCUCCGUGAGCGCAGAGAGCAGGGAGCAGAGAAGGUCAUGA